GUCUGAAGCGAAGUUCGGUGUUCUUGUCUUAAACAGAGAGGUGAUCUGAUCUUGCCUGAAGGUUAUCUACAAUGGGUUUCACGGGCACGAAAGAUGGGUCUCACGGCUUUGUGAAGAGGGUCGCCUCCUCGUUUUCCAACAUGAGGAGGAAGAAGAAUUCGGUCGAACCCAAAGGACUUCCCAGAUCGAAAUCCACGGGCGCUAACUUCGAAUCCAUGAGGAUACCGACAAAGAAGAAUACCGUCGAAUCUGCUGGUGUUUCGCCCCGACCAAGGCGAGGAAAGAUCGAUGGUCACGAGAAGCAGAAGUUUAGCAAGCUGAGAUGCUUUGACGACAGUGAUUCGAUAUGGUUAUCGUCAGAUUGUGCAUCUCCCACGUCGUUUCUCGAGGAACACAGGUUGUCUGUGUCGUUUCAUUUCUCGGUGGAUGAAAGUGUUGUCUCCUGGCUAUCAAACUUGGCGAAUUCUUCGCCUUCUCUGAAUCUAGGAGCCAAUUCCAUAAAAGACCGCAGGAGAAAGAAGCUGGAUUGCUCGGUCUCUUGGAACGUCAAGGAGAAAGACGAAGACGCUAAGAAGGAGGCUUCAAAGGUAGGAAAGAUCAGAACUUCAGAUGGGAAUCCUGUGGGAACAGGUCGCGGGAAACAGUCCACGCAUUGUCCUGGAGGCAACAAGACUUGUUCCAAGAACUUGUCUGAACAAUCAGAUUCAUCAAACUCAAACUCGAACUCUUCUAGUCUUGAUUCCUCUUCUCAGACUACAGAAGAAGAGAAAGUUAACUUUUCAGCGUCUUCGGGCACGAACUCAGAAUCAGAGAGCUCUACUGAUCCUAAUAUAACUACAGAAUCUUCUUCGGUGGAGGACUCGGAGGUUUUGGAUUCGAAGAAGAGGAAUGUCGUGGAGCCGCUUUUCUGGCCAUUUGAACAGAUAUUUGAUUGGACACCGGAGGAUAUAUUGAAACAUUUCUCCAUGUCUCCACGGAAAAAGAAAUCACUGGGAGCCAAAACUUCAUCUGGAACCUCUCCCAGAUCCAUGAGACAACAACUUCACUUGAGAAAGUUGGAUUUCAAGGAAGGGUGCAGGAGAAAGCUCGUCUUCAACGGUCCCUUACCUAAAAACUCAAAGAUUCGGGAACUGAAACGAACAAUAAGUAACAGCAGCAGAAACAGCAAGAAGAGCGAUACCGACAAGGACAGCAUGAUCAAUGAUAGCAAGAAUGGUAUCAAGAGGAACAAAAGCUUGCCAUCCAGGUUGAGAAACUCGAGCAAGAUCUCGAGUAAGGUGGUACCGAUAGAAGUGGCCGAGGAAGCUGCAGAGACAGCAAAAGAGAAAAGCACGACUCGAAAGCUCAUCAUCCGCAAGAGCAGAACUUUCUUAGAAGACGACUUUGCGUUUAUCAACGAUCUAUCGAUCGAAAAGGCCGUGGGUCUGGACGAGUUCAAGGGGAGAGAGGGCAUAGAUUCCGAUUUCAACGGAGAGAUAUUCUUGCUCGAUGAUUCUCUCUGAGAAUCUAGAGGUAAAAUCUCAGCGUUUUAACAUCUGUAACACGAGAUUAUUAGCAUCAUACAACGAUGCUAUUCUUGUUAAA